CAUUGCACCAUCACCAAGUCCCUUGUCUUCAUCUCUCACUGCAUAAUCCUUAACAUGUCUUAUUUCUACAUGAUAUUAAAAACUAUCAUAAUAUAAAUUAUCUACCUUAGUAUUUCUACAACUUUUUCAUUAUUGUUGUAACCAUUUCAUGGACUCCUUAAUGCUAAGUGGUACUGAAAAUACAAAGCUUAUUAAUGGAUUAGGUUCUAUGAGUCUUAACUUUCACAACAAGUGUUUAUUCAAAAAAAGUGUACUGUCAUAUGGUAACAAAUACAAGGCAAGAAACUUGACACCAAGAUGCAGCAUCUCAUCCAUAAGGCCUACUUCUCAACCUAGAUUCAUCCAACACAAGAAAGAAGCAUUUUGGUUCUAUAGGUUUUUGUCUAUUGUAUAUGAUCAUGUGAUAAAUCCAGGACAUUGGACUGAAGACAUGAGAGAUGAGGCACUUGAGCCUGCUGAUCUUUACGACCGGAAUAUGAGAGUUGUUGAUGUAGGAGGAGGAACUGGAUUCACUACUCUUGGUAUAGUGAAGCAUGUUGAUGCUAAAAAUGUUACAAUUCUUGAUCAGUCUCCUCAUCAGUUGGCUAAGGCUAAGCAGAAGGAACCUUUGAAAGAAUGUAAGAUAAUUGAAGGUGAUGCAGAAGAUCUUCCAUUUUCAACUGAUUAUGCUGACCGAUAUGUUUCAGCUGGAAGUAUUGAAUACUGGCCUGAUCCACAGCGUGGCAUUAAAGAAGCAUACAGAGUGCUGAAAAUAGGAGGCAAAGCAUGCAUUAUAGGUCCUGUAUACCCAACUUUUUGGUUGUCUCAAUUCUUUGCAGAUGUGUGGAUGCUCUUCCCUAAGGAGGAAGAGUAUAUUGAAUGGUUUAAAAAGGCUGGUUUCAAAGAUAUCAAGCUCAAAAGGAUAGGUCCAAAAUGGUAUCGAGGUGUACGACGGCAUGGCCUUAUCAUGGGUUGUUCUGUGACUGGUGUCAAGCCUUUAUCAGGUGACUCUCCCCUUGAGCUUGGUCCUAAGGUAGAGGAUGUAGAGAAGCCUGUAAAUCCAUUGGUGUUUCUCUCACGGCUCAUUCUUGGUGCAAUUGCAGCAACUUACUAUGUACUAGUUCCAAUUUACAUGUGGAUCAAGGAUCAAUUUGUUCCAAAGGGCAUGCCCAUCUAAUCUAAGAUUGGAGUCUGAAGUAAAGUUGGGGUAGGAAAUGGUGGUCAAGUUUUGAUGACUGAUGUUCUCAAGCCUUUACUCUUUGAAAAUUAAUGGCCAAGAAUUUGCCUUCCAUAAUGUUAAUUUGUUGACAUGUUCUGGCAUAUUCAAUUGUCCCUUCAAUUUUACUACAAUUCUAGAAUGGAUAUUUUACUUUCAACUCAAACAUCGAUUGUUUAUUGAUGUUCCAGCAGCAGACAAGCCAAGUUUAGUCGGUAUAUGUGUCAUUGUCACUUUAUGAGAUAUAUAUAGAAUAUGUGCUGGCUGUCUCAUGAUUUCUGAUUUCUUGUCUGGAAGAAUCAGCUAAGUAUUGUUCUGUAUUUCUGUAAUCUUUUGCUUGACAGUGAACAAGAUAGAAUGACUAUGAGUCUAUAUAUGUUUGACCACAUCCAAAUAUGAUUGUUUAGCUAAUACAUGCGACCAUGUGGGACUUUUUUAGA